AAUCUCCUUCCUAAUUUUGUUUCAUACAUGUGGCACUAUUACUCCAUUACAAAAUGCUCAUUCAUGUACCUUAGUUUUCUCAGCCAAAAAUAAAUUCUCAUUCCGUUUUUUAUUCUUUUGUUCAACCUCAUUUCCCUUUUCUUGUCCUGAGUAAGAUUCUAUCCAUCUUUGAUUUUCCAAGAAAAUGGGGGUUUUUACAAACAUAUUGCGCAUAGCAAUUUCAGCUUUCUUCAUCAGUACCUUUGCUACUGCUUGUUCUAAUGGCCAGUGCAAGCUUCUCGAUGAAUGUUCGUCGGAUGGAGAUUGCGAGGCUGGACUGUAUUGCUUUUCCUGCGCAAUGGAAUUCUCUGGCUCGAGAUGCGUAAGAUCAACAGCUACAGAUCAAUUCAAGUUGCUAAAUAAUUCAUUACCUUACAAUAAAUACGCCUACUUGACAACGCAUAACGCUUUUGCGAUCGACGGUGAACCAUCACAUGCCGGAGUUCCCCGUAUUACCUUCAAUAAUCAAGAAGACACCAUCACACAACAGCUAAAUAAUGGGGUUAGAGCUUUGAUGUUGGAUACUUAUGAUUUCGAAGAUGAUAUAUGGUUGUGUCAUUCGGCAGAGGGGAAAUGUCAUCAUAUUACAGCAUUUGAACCAGCUCUGGACACGUUGAAGGAAAUUGAAGCAUUUUUAGCAGCAAAUCCAUCAGAAAUCGUUACAUUGAUAUUAGAGGAUUAUGUUAAAACCCCUAAUGGGUUGACAAAUGUAUUUACAGCUGCUGGUCUAAUGAAAUAUUGGUUCCCAGUAUCAAAAAUGCCUCGAAAUGGAAAUGAUUGGCCCUUAGUAAGUGAUAUGGUUGCAAAUAACCAGAGACUUGUUGUUUUCACUUCUCGAAAGUCUAAACAACAAAGUGAAGGAAUUGCUUAUCAAUGGGAUUACAUGGUUGAGAACCAGUAUGGGCAAGGAGGGAUGAAAGAGGGAGAAUGCCCUAACCGAGGCGAAUCAAGCCCACUUAAUGAUAAGACGAAAUCGUUAGUUUUGGUGAACUAUUUUGGUACAAUUCCUAUUAAGCAAGUAACUUGUGAACAAAACUCUGGGGAUCUCAUCAACAUGCUUAAAACAUGUUAUGCUGCAGCGGGUAAUCGUUGGGCUAACUUCGCGGCUGUCGACUUUUACAAGAGGAGUGGUGGAGGAGGAACAUUUCAAGUGGUCGAUACUCUGAAUGGAGAGCUUUUGUGUGGAUGUGAUGAUGUUCAUGCAUGCGUGGCAAUCUGGGUCAUCAGGAGCUUGCAAGCGUUCAUAAUGGGAAUGAUAUACAGUAUACACCAAGAUUAAUUUAUUUUUGUUUAUUCAUUGUCCACUGCACUGUCAGCUGAACUCGGAUAUGAUUUUUCUUUCUUUUUCCUCCUUCGAAGAGGCAUCUUAAAGUGGAGCUGAAUUAGAAUACAAAAAGUUUAAACAACUUAAAUAA